GGAGAAAGGAACAACCUCGCUGGCAUAAGGCUAAUGUUUUGAGGCCGUGCAGUCUUCUGUCAUUUCAGAGGAGAGCGUGAACACGGAACAUGGGAAGCAAAUCAACUAAAAGUGAGGAGAGUUGUAACGAUCAACAACCGAGCAGACAUGUUACAACUGAAUCCCGGAGGAGUGAGGACUUUCUGGAAGAGCGCAUACUUUUUAACCAUAAUAUGACUGUAUUGGACCGGCUCAUAAUGUCGACAUGGAAACCUGAGGAAAGGUCUGACUCUGAGGAAGAAAGCAGUUUGAAAUUUGUAGAAUGGAGAAACUCUGAAGAAACCAGCAAAGGGACAACUGAAGAACAGAAGUGUUAUGACCCUCUAGACGCAACGCUUAAAUUUGUAGACGGAGAUGAUGAUUUAGAUUUUUUGUGCGAGAACUUCAAGGGUCGCAGAGCAAAGAUGUCCUGCGGCCAUGCAGUAACUCCGAUGUCUCUCACCAAGUGGUGCCGCAGAUUGUUGGACGAGGGAAAGAGCAGAUUUGAAUGUGGUUGCUGUAAAGGUAACUGGCCGUUCGAGGAGGUUUGUAAAAUGGCUCUUUUGACCCCUGAAGAAAUUGACUACUUUGAAAAGAAAAUGUUCAGUAACGCCAGGGGUAACUUGAACUUCAAAACAUGUCCUGGUUGCCAGUCCUAUGUGGUGAGAACUGAUCUGGAUAAUCUGAAUGUACGAUGCCUAGUGUGCAAAGCUAACAAGGGAAGGACUUAUAUGUUCUGCUGGCAGUGUUUAAGGGAAUGGAAAGGUCCAUAUCCACGUUCAGACCAGUGUGAAAAUGAUGGCUGUCCCUCCCAGUUAGAAAUACUGAGAACCUGCCCUGAUAUCACCUUUGAGAUGGUAAAGAAUGUCACUGGCUGUCCUACCAUCCGUGCCUGUCCAACCUGUGGUUAUUUGUUGGAGCAUAACAAAACAAAAUGUAAAAACAUCACAUGUCCCCAGUGUAAGGUGGAGUUCUGUUUUGUGUGCCUGAGGCUCACUGUAGAGUGUAAAACACUUUUCAAUGCUUGCUCCACUGGUGUAGCACAGAGACAGACGUCUAUACCUGUAUGGAAGAGGAAAUAACUAACUAUACUAUGUGCUUUGGUUUCUGUUAAUGUAACACAAAUGCACCACAACAUAUUCUGCGAAGGGGAGGAAAUGCAUAAAUCCUUUACUUAGUAAUACAACCAUGU